GGGUUAUCAACCAGGGGGAAUGUGCUUUCGAUGUGUGUAUAAGACAAAACAUGUUGCUGGCUCUGCAACAGUUCAAAACUGUUUACAGGUCUGGCUUUAAAAUGCCAAAUGGAUAACGUAUCCUGUCAACUGUUGGUUUACUCAGAGCAACUGCAGAAGCCAUUCACAAUGGCCUCCUCGGUGCAGAAGCUUAGUCACUAAGUAUGACAGUAGUCAACAACAUAGAUUUUUUUUUUUUUUUUUUUACUAUUGUGGCACUGUGUGCUAAGCCCAAACUCAUCACUCCUUUGGCUCUAUGGAAGAGAGGGCCAAACAGAACUGUUUAACCUGAACUGCAGGGUGAUAGACUUCAUCCACAGUUUGAAGGAGAGAUGUUAUCUGGAUUGUCAAGACUAUGUGGACCUGAUGGACAGGACAGGGGAGCUGGUGAACCUGAGUGUAAAGGAGAAGAGCAUGGAGCAGGCCAGCAGUCUGAUGAAGGAGAGGCACAGCUACGUUCUCAUACGCAUCUGCAGAGGUGAUGGGACUGAAGGGCAGAAGUACGUGCCACUCCUAAAUGACCUUGACAAGAGCCAUCCCGAGUUAGCAGAGGUCCUAAAGAAGCUCUCCAACCCAUGUAAGGAGCAGGAAGAAAAGGGUGGUCCCUCAAGGAAAGGUUCUGUCAAUCAGAUCCGGCGCAAGCCCACUGCUGGAAACAAGAAGAACCAUCCUGGAAGACUUAAAAAGAUAUGAAGAAAGGAGAGGAGGAAGGCUGAAAAAGAUGGUGAUGGACAUGGAUGUAUAGAAAGCUGUGGACCACAUACAUGUAAUUGUGUUGGUGCUGUGGUUCUCUUCACUCCAAUAAUUUUUUACUUUGGUAAAUUUAGGUUGAUAAAUUAACAUUCCCACAUAUCUCUUGUCAUGGUGUUGGCCUGUGGAUAAGGUUUAUGACCCCCCCCCCCCCAUAAAUACCUUUCUCCCUUCCCUCUCUCUUGACUCUACAGAGGGACUCUCGAAAAACCUUUGUUAAUCAGAGAGUCUGGGAACAUCAAACAAGUGGAGGGAAAGGAACCAUAUUUCGGUAAUAGAACCAGUUGAAAAUAUGCAUUGGUACUUAAUGAAUAUGAUGUCAGGACGACCUAAACUGUAUCUGGGAAAGUCUACACAUUAUAGUUAUCAGAUCCACAUGGAAUUGUUGUGCAAUUCAAAUGUUUAAAUAUAAAAUUAUUGGUGAAAAGAUUAAAUGUAAUUUUAGCUUCCAAAUGAGAGAUUUGGGUUUUCAUAAGGUUAGGCAUGGGUUAGACAUGGGCUUUAAACUAUGAAACACACCCUUCUCUCUCCACUAUAUAAAAGCCCUUGAUGAUAAUGUAACCUCCUGUUCCGGGUACAUUAGGAUGACGAUCCGAUGUCAGAAGCAUUCAGAUAAUAACUACAGAACGAAGCCAACCUCAGCGUGAGCUUUGGUUGCGAAUGGUAUGAACUUUGAACUCUUAUUCGCUACAGAAGUGAUAUCUCCUAGCCGUUGAGUUAGCAGCGGCCGCUGUAAACGUGGGCUAGGAGAGGACAGACAGAGUAUCCCAUCUACCACACAACGACGACACUACAACGUUUCCUGUUCACCACCAUAGACACUCUUCAAAGGAUGGAAGAACUCUUGGGCAACUCGACCUUCCAUCUACCACCAACCUAUUGAAGCGCAGCUCAGAGUAAAUAUUCAUUAUGUUUUCCUUUUCCAAAUGGGCAGUAAUUUAGAAUGCAUAAGAUCCUGUAUUUACGAUAGAGACAUCGCUUCUCCCUUUGUUCUUCAGUCUUCCUGCUCUUUCACUCAAACCCAACCCCCAUUUUCUUUGUGUAACCAGCUGUCAUAUCUGUUCCGAAUUUACAACUUUCAGAUGAGACUGAAAUAAGGUGACGAUUAAUAUUGACUGCUAUUGAUGUAAAAUAGUACUAGGCCUUUAAGAGUUUAUUCGGAAGAUAACAGCUCUAUAAAUAUUAUUUCGUGGUGCCCCGACUUUCUAGUUAAUUACAUUUACGUGAUUACCUCAAUCAGGUCAAAUUAAUUACAGAGAAAGGAUUUUAUAGAAUAGCAUGUCAUAUCACUUAAUCCGGCAUAGCCAAAGACACAACACCCUGGUUAAAGUAAGAAUGGCACUUGCAUGUAGCUUGUCUCCUGUGUGUACUAGAAGCUGGUAUUGGCCCAGAAUUGUUUUUUACUAAUCUAUGAUUAUUUGUCUGAGUUAACACAGGCAGCCCAAUUAUAUGUAAAAGAGCUGAUCUGAUUGGUCAAAAGACCAAUUAAUGGAAAAAGUUACAAAUUGGACCGCCUGUGUAAACUGCAGUCUAAUGUGAGAAUUAUACUAUAUGGACCAUUGAACAUAUUAAAGGCAUAUAAAUGUAGCCUGAGCCUACUUAUCCAUGUAUUCACAACAAUUAAUAAUGUUUCAAUUAAAUUAUUAGUUGAACAACUAAUAAAGGUAGCCUAUAUAUGUACUUAACAACAAUAUAAAUGUUGGUCCCAUAUUUCAUGAGUUGAAAUAAAAGGUCCCAGAAAUGUUC